AUGGCUAACUGUGGGAUCCACAGCUUUGUCAAGAUGGACCCCAGCUUUGAUCUCAACCGGCCACUCUCAUCAAUCAGCAGUGAUUUAAAAGAUGGAUUAAACAAUCAUGUCAGACUCUUGUGUCUCCAAGGACACCCCAAAUUCACCUACGAUAUCCUCCCCGACUCGCUUAGUGCACAAGCUAAAAACGGUUAUGCUAGCUCAAACAGCCCAAGUUGA